AUGGCGAAAGGCGGGGAUAAGAGCGCUGCCGCGAAGAAAGGCCUGAAGCGAAAAGCUGCUUCCGAAGAGCCUCAAGAAACUACACUCUCUGACGAUGGUACGGCAGAAGACAGGGUCCAUCCUCCAAAAGCAGCUGCUUUUCCCCCGGGCUUCAGUAUUUCGGAAAUUAAGAACAAGCAGCGGCGACACUUAAUGUUCACGCGGUGGAAGCAGCAGCAACGGAAAGCCCCACCAAAGCCUAUACCAAAGACCAUUGACAACCAGCGAGUGUUUGAUGAAACUGUAGUAGACCCAAAUGAUGAAGAGGUUGCUUAUGAUGAAGCCACAGAUGAAUUUGCUUCUUACUUCAACAGACAAACUUCUCCUAAGAUUCUCAUCACAACAUCAGACAGACCUCAUGGGAGAACAGUACGACUCUGUGAACAACUCUCCACAGUUAUACCAAACUCCCAUGUUUAUUACCGAAGAGGAUUGGCUCUGAAGAAAAUCAUUCCUCAGUGCAUCUCAAGAGAUUUCACAGAUCUUAUUGUUAUUAAUGAAGACCGUAAAAUACCAAAUGGACUUGUUUUGAGUCACUUGCCACAUGGUCCAACUGCUCAUUUUAAAAUGAGCAGUGUUCGUCUGCGCAAAGAAAUCAAGAGAAGAGGCAAGGACCCCACAGAACACAUACCUGAAGUAAUUCUUAAUAAUUUCACAACACGGUUGGGUCAUUCUAUCGGACGUAUGUUUGCAUCUCUUUUUCCCCAUGACCCUCAGUUUAUUGGAAGGCAGGUUGCCACUUUCCACAAUCAACGGGAUUAUAUCUUCUUUAGAUUUCACAGAUACAUAUUCAAAAGUGAAAAGAAAGUAGGAAUUCAGGAGCUUGGACCACGUUUUACCUUAAAAUUAAGAUCUCUUCAGAAAGGAACGUUUGAUUCUAAAUAUGGAGAAUAUGAAUGGAUCCAUAAGCCCCGGGAAAUGGAUACAAGUAGAAGAAAAUUCCAUUUAUGA